GUUAACUUGCACUCAUCUAGGAGAUGUUAGUUUGAACAGAACCAGAACGCAUAACGUCGAGAGCAAAGAUGCGGACAAAACCUGCAGAUUAAGCUCUAGUGCAAAAAAAAAAAAAAAUUAAGUACGUAUUUAAGGAGGGCAGAUCAGAGGACGAGCUGUGGUUUCUGUGCCAUCUGUAAAGGGCAGCGAUGCGCAUCUUAAGAGGUGCGCUCUUUCUUCUGGCAGCCGUUUUGCUCAGCGCAGAUCCGAGCAGAGCUGAGGGAUGUUCAGGCUCAUCAUGUGGGAAGUGUGACUGCAGCGGUGUAAAAGGGGCAAAGGGAGAAAGAGGUUUACCUGGCUUACAAGGCAAUAUGGGAUUUCCUGGUGUGCAAGGUCAUGAGGGCCCCCAAGGGCCAAUGGGACCAAAGGGAGAUCGAGGUGAGCCAGGGGCUCAUGGAAUGAAAGGAAUACGUGGCCCUCCUGGUGUACCUGGUAUUCCGGGAAUUCCUGGGCACCCGGGUAUUCCAGGUCAAGAUGGCCCACCGGGACUACCGGGUAUUCCAGGCUGCAAUGGAACAAAGGGGGAUCAAGGUAGAGAUGGAACCCCAGGCAUACCAGGAUUGCAAGGACCACCAGGUUUUCCAGGCGAUCCAGGAAUGAAGGGUGACCCAGGUGGUGUUAUUGGUGGAUUUAUUCCUCAGAAAGGAGAGAAAGGCUUUCCAGGAAUACCAGGAUUACCAGGGCCACCAGGAAAUCCUGGACUACAAGGACCAGCUGGCCCACCAGGACGAGAGGGGCCUCGAGGAUAUUCCGGUGAUCCUGGCCCUCCUGGCCCUCCUGGUGAUAAGUUGAGUUUUGUUGGUCCAAAAGGUGACAAGGGUGAAAAAGGCCUCAGAGGUCCACCUGGGGCUCCUGUAGCAGUUGGAGGACCACAGACGAUUUAUCUCCCUGGACUAAAAGGUCAAAAAGGGGACCCCGGAGAAAAGGGUGAUAUGUGUUCACCAUAUCAAGCAAAAAUCAAAGGUGAACCAGGACCUGUAGGCCAAAAAGGAAAACCAGGAAAGGAUGGAGUCAGUGGGACAAAGGGGGGAAAAGGUGAACCUGGUAAUCCUGGCUUUUCUGGUGAUAAGGGCCAAAAGGGAGAAAGAGGACCUCCAGGAUAUGGCGAGGGUCCUCCAGGCGAUCCUGGUCCUCCAGGCUUACCUGGUCCAAAGGGAGAGAUAGGCCCCCCUGGGGUUCCUGGAGAGCCUGGUUUCCCAGGUAAGAAUGUGGUCGGUCCUCCUGGAGACAGAGGCUUUCCUGGAGAGAUUGGACAGAAAGGAGACAAAGGUGCUAAUGGACAGUCUCUCAAAGGCUCCAGUGGAGCUGAUGGACCUCCUGGUCCACCUGGACCCCCAGGGCCUUUAAAUGAGGACUGUGACGUUACUUAUGGAGAACCAGGCCCUCCUGGACCUCCAGGCUUGCAAGGAGAAGAGGGACAGAAAGGUGACAAAGGAGACACUUGCACACUGUGCUCUGCUACUGGGCCUCCAGGUUUGCCUGGUGCGCCAGGGCCAAAAGGAAAUCAAGGUUUCCCUGGACAGCCAGGAAGUAAAGGAGAAAAGGGUCCAUCUGGCCUACCUGGACAGCCUGGAUUAACGGGAAGAGAUGGCUCCCCAGGUUUGUUUGGUGAGCCUGGGGCAAAGGGUGAACCAGGUGACAUCUAUAUAGCGCCAGAGCUGAAGGGAGAGAAGGGUCUCUCAGGGUUUCCUGGCAGCAGGGGAUUACCAGGCAUAGAUGGAAUUCCUGGGAAAGAUGGACAUCCAGGUCUGCCUGGACAGAAAGGAGAGGCAGCUAGAGUGGGUAUUAAAGGUGACCGUGGUCAGGAUGGAGAUCCCGGGAUAAGAGGACCCACAGGUGAGAGAGGACCCCCAGGUCGUCCUGGAGUUGGCCAACCUGGAGAGUCUGGAGAAAAGGGCAGUCCAGGACUUCCCGGUGUCCCAGGAAAGCCUGGAGAACCAGGACCUAAAGGUGAACCUGGUAAAGGUGUAAGUUCACCAGGACCUCCAGGUCCACCAGGACCUCGUGGUCAGACAGGACUGAGUGGCCUUCAAGGUGAAAGGGGUCCUCCUGGAGAUCAAGGAUGGCCAGGAUUAACUGGUGACAAAGGUGACCCUGGUCUUCCAGGAAUCGGAUUUCCAGGUCCACCAGGUCCAAAAGGUUAUUCUGGUACACCAGGUGUGCCAGGAUUACCUGGAGACCCUGGCAAUCCAGGUCAGGAUGGUUUUCCUGGACGCCCAGGAAUACCUGGACAAAAAGGUGAACCUGGCAUUGGCCUCCGAGGACCCAAAGGGUCUGUAGGACUGCCAGGAGUCCAAGGGUUUCCGGGUGAAAAGGGUAAUUUAGGAAUGCCAGGAGUCCCUGGAGCCGAAGGAACAACUGGACCACCUGGUCCUCAGGGUGUAAAAGGUGACGCUGGCCCUCCAGGAUUCCCAGGUUUGUCAGGACCACCUGGACCCCCAGGACCUGGUGAGCCUGGACCACCUGGACCGAUGGGACCUCCUGGACAACCUGGUCCCUUAGGUCGUAUUGGUGAAAAAGGAGAGAAAGGUUCCCAAGGCUUUCCUGGUCCUGCAAUGCCUGGUCCUCAAGGUGAGAAAGGCACUCAUGGUUUCCCUGGAUCACCAGGGCCUAAGGGGUUGCCAGGUGAACCAGGAAGUCCAGGUAAAGACGGAUUCCCUGGGGAGAGAGGUCCCAAAGGAGAUAUUGGAAUAAUAGGAAUUCCAGGGUCACCUGGAAACCCGGGUCAACCAGGAGCCCCUGGGUCCAUUGGACCAAGAGGUGACCCUGGUCUGAGUGGGUCGAGGGGAGAGCUUGGUGAACCGGGCCCUAAAGGAGAGAGAGGAGAACCUGGUAUUCAAGGACCAGCUGGUAAUAUGACAGAUGUGGACAUGGUGCAUAUGAAAGGAGAGAAGGGAGACAUCGGCGACAAAGGGUAUAUCGGCCCUGCAGGAGAGAAGGGGGCCGAGGGAGUACCUGGAACUCCUGGAAUGCCUGGAAAUCCUGGAAUGCCUGGUUCACCAGGAAAGGCAGGUGAGAAAGGUGAUCCAGGAUUUCCUGGACAACCAGGACCAGAUGGACAGCCUGGAGUAAAAGGCAGCAUGGGAGAAAUGGGAUUGCCAGGAGCACUUGGGCCAAAAGGCACAAAAGGUGUUGCUGGACAGCCUGGCCAUCAGGGGUUUAAGGGUGAUCCAGGUGUAAAAGGUGAAAAGGGAACAGAAGGUCUGCCAGGAAUAGGAAUUCCUGGCCUCCCCGGUGAGAAGGGUGAGAUGGGCCCACCCGGUUUCCCUGGAGAGUCUGGAAAUAAAGGAGAGAAAGGUUCCAUGGGAAUCCCAGGUAUACCUGGAACACCAGGGGCAAAAGGAGACAUAGGCGUAAUUGGUUACCCAGGUAGUCCUGGGGUACCAGGUGAAAAAGGAGUCCCUGGGUUACCUGGAUUACCUGGGCAGUCUGGUUUUGAAGGACGGCCAGGUGAACCUGGUCUACAAGGCCCCCCAGGGCCAACAGGGAAGAAAGGAGAACCGGGAAAAGAUGGUAUCCCUGGAGGUCCUGGAGAAAGGGGUGAAGCAGGUUUACCUGGUAGAGGCUUUCCUGGAACCCCUGGUCAAACAGGCGCAAAAGGUGAAAAAGGUAACCCAGGUCCCCCUGGCAUGGCUGGAAGUCCCGGUGUUCCUGGAACCAAAGGAGAGAAAGGCCUGCCAGGAUACCAAGGUCAUCAGGGUCAACCUGGUGAAAGAGGAUUACCAGGGCCAUCAAUGGAGGGACCUAAAGGGGAGAAAGGAGCUCACGGAUUGCCUGGAGAGCCAGGGCAGACUGGUGCUCCAGGUCCAGCAGGUGUUCCAGGGAGUGUUGGAGCAAAAGGAGAGAGAGGAGAAAAAGGUUUCCCAGGCAUACAGGGUACUCAGGGUUUGAAAGGCGAUAAAGGCUUUACUGGCCAACCUGGUGAACCUGGUGCACCAGGCUAUAAAGGAGUAAAGGGUGAAAGUGGAACUCCAGGCCUUCCUGGCUUCAAAGGAUUAAAGGGUGAGCAUGGGUUGACUGGUUUCAAAGGAGAGAUUGGUGACCGUGGAUUUCCUGGAGCUAAAGGUAAUGAUGGCCCUCCUGGACCUCAUGGACCAAGUAUCUUUAUAAAAGGAGACCUUGGUUUACCAGGACCACAGGGUCCCCAAGGUUUACCAGGGUUGAGAGGGUAUCCUGGACCAAAAGGACAGCAAGGAUUGAUGGGAAUACAGGGUAUUAAAGGAGAGGAUGGGGCACCAGGAUACAAUGGGAUUCAUGGAGCUAAAGGACAACCUGGGCAUACUGGACCUUCUGGACCCAGAGGAUAUCCAGGUCCUCCAGGUCCUGAUGGAAUCCCAGGUCAGGUUGGCCCUCCUGGACCCGCCUCCAUGGACCAUGGCUUCCUAGUGACUCGACACAGUCAGUCCAUCGAAGUGCCCCUGUGUCCACAAGGCACCACUCUGAUUUAUGAUGGGUACUCCCUCCUGUAUGUGCAGGGAAAUGAGCGAUCCCAUGGCCAAGACCUGGGUACGGCCGGUAGCUGUUUGAGGAAGUUCAGCCCCAUGCCAUUCCUCUUCUGCAACAUCAACAAUGUGUGUAACUUUGCCUCUCGUAAUGACUAUUCCUACUGGCUCACAUCUCCUGAGCCCAUGCCUAUGAGCAUGGCUCCUAUAACUGGCGAGAGCAUUAAACCUUUCAUCAGCAGAUGUGCAGUGUGUGAGGCGCCUGCCAUGGUGAUUGCUGUGCACAGUCAGACUGUAGCCAUCCCACCCUGCCCUCAAGGCUGGCUAUCUCUGUGGAUUGGUUAUUCCUUCGUCAUGCACACCAGUGCAGGUGCUGAGGGCUCUGGUCAGGCUCUGGCCUCUCCUGGCUCCUGUCUGGAGGAGUUCCGCUCUGCUCCCUUCAUCGAGUGUCAUGGCCGUGGCACCUGCAACUACUAUGCUAACUCCUACAGUUUCUGGUUGGCCACCAUCGAGGACAAUGAGAUGUUUAGCAAACCUGUCCCCACUACACUAAAGGCUGGGAAUCUGCGAACUCACAUCAGUAGGUGCCAAGUGUGCAUGAAGAGGACUUAGCCUGGUUACACUCCUUCUUCUGCAUUUGGCUUUUAUGUUACAGUUUUACAAAAGAAAAACAGCAUGGUGCUACUUUACAUACACACACAGAAGGGGGGGGGGAUAUGGACUUAGAAAGGGUUCUUUCAGACUUAAGAAUGCUGAUUGAAAUGAAAUCAGAAGGUCCAGAGUGAUGGGACUCCAAAACCCUGGUGCUUCUGCUCCAGAAACAAUACCUACAUUAAUAUCUCAUUGUCUUUUCCUAAAUAAAUGACACCUGUUUGCAAUUGCACUGAAUACAUCUAUUAGUAGACAGGCUGCCAUUUUGAAAACUGAAUCAUGUUUUAAUGAAUACAGCUAUUCUUUUGGUUCAAAUGCUAAGUACUGUUUUGCCCAGUUUACUUCACACCACCAAAAAUAAGUAUCCUGAUAUCUCUUUUUUUUCACUCAGUUUGUCAUUAUCAUAUGCUAACUUCAGAGAUUUGGUAUUUUCUUUCUAGUAAUACACAAUAAGUUUCGUCUGUCCUUUAUGUAGUCCAGCAGCCAGGAUGUACUUUGAGCUCUGUUGUAAAUAUACAGCUUUGUUUAAUAAUUAACAUCUUGUCAACAUAUUCUCUUCAGGUAAAUCCAUUUAAUUUUGUCAGAGUUAUUUAUGAAAGCUAUGAGACCAAGGGCGCAUUUUGUAUAUGGCCAUUUCCACUCUGUUGACCAAGUCACAAUAUACUCUGCAAUUUGAUUAAGGCACAUAAUGGUGAAUUUUAGUAUUAAGCACUAUGCUUUAGUGGGCCUAUAUCUGUGUAUAGCUUUGAAGCGUGUGAUUUAUUAUUUCAGUACCAUGGAGUGUAGUGGGGGAAAAACAUGUUUACGUCGACAAGAAAUAUCAGCAUUUUUGCAAACAGUGUGCACUGUGUGUACAUUUUGCCAUCCCUCAGUAGUCAUACCUCCCUAUUCUGAGAGGACAUUUUCCCAAUUUGUCUGAUCAGGUUUCAGUCAUACACACAGCAAUGUAUCUUGAGCAAUUUUAACUCAAAUACAUUUUAUACAUGUUCUCAACCUAAUAGGUAGAUUCCUUGAUUUAAAUAAACACUUCUACAUUGUCCACUAAUCCAAAGCUGAACGUGUAUAUAAUGUGACUAGGUGCACUUUCCAAGGCCAGCUUUAAGAGUUAUUUUAUGCGGGGGAUGUCAAUAAAAACGGACUAAAGUUGACACGUUGCUUUCAUCUAUCUUGUAACACUAAUGCAGUUAGGUAUGUGUCAUCCAUCUAUGACCCAAACAGUUUGUUUUUUCAUCCUCUUCAGGAUGCUAGAUUAUUGCUCUUGCCAGACUCCAUGUGUCUCAAAUUCCUUUUCCUAUCUUACAUGGUAAUUUAAUGCUAGACCAAAGAAUAUGCACAUACUUAGUUUUACACUGAAUAUACUUGACUUUCCAAGUGAUAUAUUUUUUCAGGUUCCCUUAGAAAUACCACAAGGAAUACAUUCAGGUAAAACUGUGCCACUGUUUCAGCCAAAGCCAUCUUUAAUACAUGUAGUCUAAAAUGAUCCUUUAACGAAUUUGAGGCUGUAAAUCAUCAUAAAUUUGCAAGAGGUUUCGGCUUUUGUUUUUAUAAGGAUUUAUACUAGAAUGCCCAUAAAAUGCUUGUCCUGGUUUAUCUCACACCAACUAUUUGUAUUCUUUCAUGUCAUGUUACUGACCCCACUUACAAGUUGUGGUGAUUUCGUGUUGGGGUGGGGUUUUUUUUUGUUUGUUUGUUUUUUGUGAAUAUAAACUUCCCUGUGAAUAUUCAGUUGCAGUAUUAAAAGCACUAGUUCACCGUUAUGAUUCAUGGAAGAAUACAAAGAUGGAUGGGAUUUUCAAGCACGGCUUUUUUUUUUUCAAAAUCACUUUGUGUCUUUCUCCUUUCUGUAUUGAAAACAUACAAUAAAUCACUUUGUCUA